AACUUGUUCCACCAGUCUCCGUUCACGCGCGACACGGUUUAGUCAUUAACUUCAAACAAAACAAAAUAAAAUAAAAAUGUACAAAUUAAUAACACUAUCAUUCUGCCUGCUCCUGUUUUACCGACAAGUGGCAGCGCAAAAUCCCACAGGACCUAUAGCUGGGUUUAUUCGUACAAACCUCAUUGGUCAUCCAGUGAUUCAUGACAAGACUACUUGGAUCUUCGAUCCUGAUGUGGCUUUGAAGAGACGAAGACAAUUCAUAGAGUUACAUGGUGAUAAAGGGGAGAAAUUGAUUGAAAGACUGGGAUUAGGUAUUGAUGGCAAUGAUGAAGAGAGACUACAAGAACAGAGGAAAAGGGAUGAGGGUCAUUUAGGGGGACUUAACUUUUAUUUACCUUAGAUAAAAUAAUUGGUAGUUAAAACUUUUAUAUUUAAUUUGAAUAUAUGAAAUAUAGGUAUUUUUAAAUUUUG